AACGGUAUCCAGUAUGUAUUCGGAAGACGUUUGCUGUUACUCCCAACUGAGCUAGCAGUUGUAUGCGCUCCUUUUUGGGGGGAUUUUAUCGAUUAAAAUAUUUCCCUUUACACAAACGUUUGCGACAUGGCGGGAAACUUCUGGCAGAGUUCUCAUUAUCUGCAGUGGGUGCUGGAUAAACAGGAUCUGAUGAAAGAGCGCCAGAAGGACCUGAAGUUCCUUACAGAAGAGGAGUACUGGAAGAUGCAGAUUUUUUUCGCCAACGUGAUCCAGGCUUUGGGUGAGCACCUGAAGCUCAGACAGCAGGUUAUUGCUACUGCCACAGUGUACUUCAAACGCUUCUAUGCCAGGUAUUCUCUUAAAAGUAUAGAUCCUGUGCUCAUGGCUCCUACCUGUGUUUUCCUGGCCUCUAAAGUGGAGGAAUUCGGAGUUGUGUCCAACACCAGGCUGAUUUCAGCAGCGACGUCUGUGUUGAAAACAAGAUUUUCCUACGCCUUUCCAAAGGAAUUUCCUUACAGAAUGAAUCAUAUAUUAGAGUGUGAAUUCUACCUUUUGGAGUUGAUGGAUUGCUGUCUGAUUGUCUACCACCCCUAUAGACCGUUGCUGCAGUACGUGCAGGAUAUGGGACAGGAGGACAUGCUGCUGCCUCUGGCCUGGCGAAUAGUGAAUGACACCUACAGGACAGAUCUGUGCCUGCUCUACCCUCCCUUCAUGAUUGCCCUGGCCUGUCUUCAUGUCGCCUGUGUUGUGCAGCAAAAAGAUGCCAGGCAGUGGUUUGCUGAGCUCUCUGUGGACAUGGACAAAAUCCUGGAGAUCAUUCGCGUCAUUCUGAAGCUCUAUGACCAGUGGAAAAAUUUUGAUGAUAGGAAAGAGAUUGCUGCUGUUCUAAACAAGAUGCCCAAACCCAAACCACCUCCAAACAGUGAGAGUGAUCAGAGCUCUAAUGGGAACCAGAGCAACUCCUACAGCCAGUCUUAGCAUCAUGUGUGCCUUUCCAUGAGAAUCCAUUAUCUUAAACUUUGGGAGGGGUUCAAUGUUUUCGAACACACAUUACAAUUUUAGCAGUGAAACUUGUCAUGAUGUCUUUUCAUCAUAAAUGAGCACAACUAUGACCUCUCAGAGGUGUGUCUUAGCCUCCCCUUCUCUGAUUAUUCUGGAUUCAUGGGCUGAACAGGCAGCAACUGAAAAGUCUCCAGUGAGCAGACAACCUUCUCCAUUAGGCCAAUUAAUCUGACAUGACAUAAAGUGGAACAGUGGAGCAGGAAACUGAUGGGAGAGCAAGUGUGAUCGUUCAGUAAAAACUCAUUGUGCUGAUCCUGACAUCCUUUGAACCACCCUGAGGAGCCAUUCCACGCGGACCUCCAUAGGAUUGGAAAACUUGAUCAAAAGUACUGUGUGUGCGUCUGGGUGGGGUUCUAUUCCUCAGGGAUCAAUGCGAUUCUGUGCUGUUCGAAUGGAUUUAUGUUCAGAUAUCCCAGUGUGGAGACUCUUCAUUUCUGAUAAGUCUUGAUCCUGAUCUAACUCCGCGUGAAGUGGAAAGCUCAUCUUUAAAGUAGAAACUAGUUCUGUGUAUAACAAUUUACAGUUUGUUUGACGGCUCACAUCUUCCCUCCUCUUUUGUAAAUAGCUUUAUAAUUUUAUGUUUUGGUUUUCUUAAAGAAAAAUAUGGAAAUUUUCUAUUUAGGUUCAUGUUUGUGCUAAGGAUUAAAGUGCACCUGUUGGUUUUAUUUUUUUCAUUGACGUUUGGCUUUUGCUGUAAAGUUUUGUUAAAAGCAUCUUUUGCAAACAAUUUGGGGGAAAUGCCAACUCUACUUCCCUGAGCUCUACGAGAUUUUUACUUUAUUCUAUCUGCCCUCUGCCAGCUUAUAAAUCCCUAAAUUGUUGCAAUAUGUCUGUGCAUUUACCUGCAGAUGUCUGUUAUGUGAUUCAAUGGAAGGUGUGCUUCAGUGGGCCUUACUAAAAGCACAUACAUUCAGGUAACAUGUAAAUUAUGUAAGAUAUUAUUAAAUUGCUUGCGUUCAUCUUUGUUUUUCUUUUUCUGCAAAGUUGUAAAAUUGAAUCCUUAUUUGUUUGACCCCACACCCUUAUUUAGGUUGGGUAAAAUAAACAGACGGUAACUAA